CUGUCGGCUAUUUCCGGCGGUUAACGGCGCGAGGCGGCGGCAGCCAUUUUGCUUUUGUCCGCGACCGAUUCACAGCGGCGCCUCCGAGAGAGCAGCACAGGAGCAGGUAACUGCCGCCACGUGCCCGCCCGCCCGACCGACUGACCGACCGAUCGACCGACCGGCCUGGAGUCGCUGCAGAGUCCGACUCCCCACCGUAUGGAGCCCGCCAUGAAUCAUGGUUCGUGCCCAUUAGACUGCAAGGUGUACGUUGGAAACCUUGGGAAUAAUGGGAACAAGACAGAACUGGAAAGAGCCUUUGGGUAUUACGGGCCACUUCGCAGUGUGUGGGUUGCCCGGAACCCCCCCGGCUUUGCAUUCGUUGAAUUUGAAGAUCCCCGUGAUGCUUCGGAUGCGGUUAGAGAACUUGAUGGAAGGAGUCUUUGUGGCUGCCGUGUUCGUGUAGAACUCUCCAAUGGUGAGAGGCGUCGUGCUCGUCCCCCCGCUCAACAAUGGACCAGACGCUCUCGUGAUGACUAUCGCCGGAGAAGCCCCCCAGCAAGGCGCAGAUCACCACCUCGCAGAAGGAGCUUCAGCAGGAGUCGCAGCAGGUCCCUUUCAAGGGAUCGUAGGAGAGAGAGAUCCCUGUCCAGAGAGAGGAACCACAAACCGUCUCGCUCGUUCUCCCGAUCUCGCAGUCGUUCCAGGUCAAACGAUAGGAAGUGAGCUGAAGCCUGGUGACCUUUGUGAAGAUCCGUGUACAGACCGUCAGAGUUGUUAAGGACAUGAUUUGCAUUUGUUUAAUAGACUCUUAUGACACGUGGUUCAGUGCAUUUUUUACCCUAUUUUAGCUAUUCAUUGUUUUCUUUUUGUGUAUUCUAUAAUGUAACCAGUGAGAAGUUUUCAAACCUGUGAAUUAUGGCAGAGUUGUGUUUUUAUAAGGGUGGGUGUAUAUGGACACUUGCCUGUGUUCAUUGAGGGCUCCUAUCCUUGUGCUGCUGACGUCCGUUCAUUUGAGCAGCUCCAGCUGCUGUAGCUGUAAGAGCCCAGCAGAAUACCACGAAGAUCAUUCUCUGGUAGGCUAUUUUACAGUGGAAAGCUGUUAAAUGCUCGUCUUGCUGCAAAGUCUACAAGUUUGCAUUAAGACUUGUGAGGGUUGCAUGCUUGGCAAUACUGUAUUUCAGUUACGUUUGAUGGCUUUCCUCAGUUCAUUUUUUUCUAAAAUAACAGACCAUAGUUACUACUUUUCUAGACCCUUAAACUUGUCACUUUGUAGAAGAAACCACCUCUGUGCAGUGCAUUGGGAAUAAUAGGAAGUGCUUGUGACCAGGCAUCAUUAGGACUGCUCUGGGUCCAUUAUCAGCACAAUGAGGUUUGAUAAUGCAAAGUGUAUCCAGUGCUGGUGUAGAAAUACAUUUGCAUUUUAGAUACGAUUUUAAAAUUAUUUUGUGUACUUUCUGAAUAAAUACAUGGAGGGCGUUCUGUGGACUAACUGAUCUCCUGGAGGGGAAACCUGGACAGUGUUUUUUCCUGACCCCAGUGUUUUCCAAUGAGGCAUUAAUAAAACUCAAAUACUGGCCAGGAGGAGUUUUCCUGAACUCUGACCUGAAGAAUUAAUCAUUGACUAGUCAGCAAUGCUCAAUGGAUUCUUGCUCUGGUGACUUAUUUCCACGGACAGUCUAAAGAGCAAAGAACUGCCCCUCUACUUGGCUCUGCUGGAAAUGUAGUUUUUUUAGGUCCAUUUUCACCAGCAACUGCAUUAUAAGUGGCCUGCUGCCCCAUCUGUCUCAUCCAAUGUGGUUAUUGGAUAGUGAGAGAAGCUGGAGCGGCACACUGUUUGGUUCGUUCUUCAGCUUUGUAAUCCUUUUUCCUGUCAUUGUAUGCUGUUUGUGACUUUCUUGGAAAUAAACUUUGGUUACAGAACA